ACUUGAUCAAUAUCAACUUUCAUAAUCUAGCGAUAUAUCAUGAAGUGUCGAAAUCGGAGCUCAUGCAGUCUUCGAAAUGAGCUUGUAGACUCACUUGUCCCAGCAAGAUGUCCUCUAUUAUCGUGUCGAGUCAGCCAGCAUCCAGUCUAUUGACGGUGAUCAUUACAACAUCUCCGACACCUUCUGCCCCUUCAACGGAACUUAUAUCGGCAAUAUUAUCAUCAUUCCGCAAUCAUUGUGCGCUCUUGUUAUCAUGUCGCAUAGUUAUUGUGUUUGACACGUACGAUCGCAUUGCACCUCAUGCAAGGUUGAAGAAAGGUCAAGUUACUCCCGAUGGAGCCAUGACAUUUGAUCAUUAUAAACAUAAUGUUAUGCAACUCAUUCUAAGAGAGUUCAACCAGGAUAGCAACAUGGAAAGCUUAGUUAGGGGCCAAGGCGAAGCCGAAUUCGGCCAUAGUGCCGUCGAAACCAACGUCGUUUCCUUCUUGACAUCACAAACGCCCGACAAACAAGUUACCUUCAUAGAACCGGCGAAACGGUUAGGGUUUGGGUUGGCUAUACGUUCUGCCCUAAGAUUAAUUGUGACACCCUUCGUCUGGGUGCAGCAGCAUGAUUGGCCUCUAGUCUCUGAUAUUACCUUGGAACCGCUAUUGGAUAUCAUGAGAGUAACCGAGUCCGAUGAGAAGGCUCCGGUAAAAUAUAUCUGUUUUCCAUCCAUACGUUUAUUAUCAUACGCAGAAUCUGCGCAUGUUACGCAUUUCCCUGUGCUGAAAGGUCUGACUGAAUCUCUCAAACGCGAUUUCGUUACGGAAUCCGGUGCCAGCAUCUCCCUUACGCCAAUGUUUUUCUGGCAUGACAAGCCUCAUCUAGCGUCCACCGAACAUUACUUAUCCCGCGUCUUCCCAAGUCGUCUUUCAGUGUCCAGGGGAGCCUUCAUCGAGGACACCAUUGGACAACGAUCAAGGAACCAGAUGAAGAUGGGGAACUGGGCAAAGUGGGCUACUUGGCUCUACUACCCUGAUAACGGAGACAAACUGUGCUUGCGGCAUCUUCAGGGGCGCACGUGGCAAGGCACGGAAAAGGAGUUGGAAAUGAAAGCUGUCUGGAUGGCGCGGAACGCACAGAAGAUCAACCGAGUCGAGCAGUAGGAAUAUCCGUACUUACAUAAAUACAGCCCCAGAAUCAUCCUGCCAUCAAUUAAUCAUCCUUAAGGAUAGGCAUGGAGAUAUA